AUGUCCACCGAUUCAAAGUCAAAAUGGGAUCAAGCAGCUCCAGAAAAGCCUGCCGAAAAGUCGCCACCACCCCCGGAAGGCACCGCGAAGAAACUAGACCCAGCAGAAGCAGCGGCACAGGCAGCUGCAAUUGCGGCCAAAAUCGCUGCCCAAUUUGCUGCAGGGGGCAUGGACGGAGGAAACGCUGAGCACCCAUUUGUGAAGGACAUUGAUAUCAACGAUGUUAGGAAUAGGUAUAUGUUGACCAAGGGCACCACCCAGCAACAGAUUAAAGAGGAAUCUGGAGGGGCUGUGGUGAGCACGAAAGGCGUGUGGUAUCCUGACAGAAGCAAGGCUACCGAGAAAGACCCUCCCUUGUAUCUCCAUGUCACUGCCCCAACAGCAGAAGUCUUGCAGAAAGCCAUCGACAAGAUUAAUGAACUGAUGACAGUUGACUUGGGAUCUCUGGUCGAAGACAAGAGAAGGGAGAAGGUAAUGGCUAAGUUCCUAUCUUCUAAUCAUCCUGCGCCUUGGUGGCGGAAAUGGCCAGAAGAAAAACUACCAGUAGGUCUCGAGUCGAUCCGAAACUUCAACGUGAGAGCCAAAGUAGUUGGGCCAAGUGGCGUACAGCUCACGGACCUCCAGGGCUCGUUCGUGAAAUACAUUCAACAAGAAACCGGGGCUCGUGUUCAGAUCAAGGGCGCUGGUUCUGGAUUUAUUGAUCAAGAGACAGGCAGAGAAGGCGAAGAACCGUUGUACAUUCAUAUAACAGGGCCAGACGAGGGCCAAGUUGGCCGCGCUAAAGUUCUAGCCGAAGAUCUCUUGCUCGUUGUCCGCUCCGAACACGCCAAGCAACUUGCUCGCAUCCAGCAGGAGCAAGCCGAGCUGCACGCUGUUCAGAUGCAAUAUGCCGCAUACAGCAUGGGAUAUCCUGGCGUUGCAGCGCAGGUGCCAGGGGCUUCCCCGGGAGGUGCGCCCCCGCCCCCAGGCGACCAGCCUCCUCCACCCCCAGGCGGAGGUCCGACCCAAUCUCAAUUUGACAGUGCACCAGCUGCUCCUGGUGCAGGCCAGGACCCGACUGCUGCAUACACUGCAUACUGGUGCGUAACUCUUCUUCCAAAUAUCGACUCACCAUUUUGCAUUCGAUUGGGAAGUACUACUGGUGAUUUGAUACUGACUGAUUGCACCCCCAUUAAUCUCGCACGUCCUCCUCGUGAUCUUCCUACCUCUUCAUGCAUUCGCGCGUAUCGCUCAAUAGGGCUGCGUACGGAUACGACGUCAAUUCGCCUCAGUUUAAGGAGUGGAUGGCCCAGCAGUACCAACAAUAUUACGCCCAAGCAGGUGCCACUCAACCAACAGCCGCUUCAUCAGCGCCUCCUCCACCCCCGACCCAAGCACCUCCCCCUCCAGGACCCCCACCUUCAUAACGAAUGUCGCCCUGCACGAACACUCCAAAUCAAUUGGGAAUCGUUUUCAUUAUUUUCUGCUCUCUUGUCGUUGCUGAUCUAUCUUGAAUCCAUGGCCACCGACCCCGAUAUUUCAGUGAAGCACGUGAAACGCGAAUCGCAGUGUAUUCAUCAGACUCUUUCUACUCCGGAUCCCAAUGUUGGUGGAAGCCACUCAUCCAUCUGGAAUUGGGAUGGAUACAUUGUGCUGUCAAGGUGCCUGUACUAG